AUGUCUGGCCUGUCCUCCUUAUUCCCGUCCAGGUUGUUGGGCUCCAUGCAUACCCAUCCUCGCGACAGGACGUCCGAUCCUCUGGCACGCCUCCGCUUCGCUUUGGAGACUAUGCCUGGCUCACGGAAAUACGUCUUCACGCCUGCGACGCGUGCUGAGAUCCUCUCUGAACUAUACGACGCGUUCUGGGGCCCCCACGCCCAUCUCUUCCUGCCGAGUUCACUCUCGAGCCUUCCUCCGCACGCAACGCUCAGCGAAGUGCAGGUCGCUACCGGGCUGCACAGGGAGCAGCCGAUCAUUCCAGGGAGACCCUGUGGCUACAUCUUUAAGAAAGGAGAGGCCUGCUUCAGGUGCAAGGAUUGUGCCCUCGACGACAGCUGCGUACUCUGUGCGCGGUGCUUCGAGGCAACCGACCAUGUAGACCACAACGUCAGCUUCUUCAUCGCUCAACAAUCCGGCGGAUGCUGCGACUGCGGUGACGUCGAAGCUUGGCGCACGCCCAUCAACUGCCCGUACCAUCCUCCGAAGGACGAGACGACCGAGUAUCUUAGCGCGUUCGCUCUUAGGACGCUUCAGGCCACUCCUCGGGCGAGUACAAGAGUCAUGAUAGGCCAGGACGUCCCUCCCGUGCGCGAUUUCCCCUUCCGGGUCCCCGUCACGCCGGAUUUGAGGGACACGAUGGCGAGGACUGUCGCGUAUGCGUUGGAUUUCAUCAUCGAUACCCUGGACUACUCCCCCGACGACACCAACCCUCCUAUGAACGAGGAAGACCUUCGGGCACAGCCGUCGGGCGAUCCUAUGCUCAGGGAUCAAUUCAGCGUAGUCAUUUGGAACGACGACAAACAUUCCAUCGAAGAAAUCGUUCAAUUGCUACGCGAUAUGACGCCGCGCACGAAAGACGAAGCCAGGGCAAUUGCAGACCGGAUUGAUGAGCAGGGACGCGAAGUGGUGGAAAUGCACGUCAACUCCACACGUCUCAUGGAGAUGGCGCAAACGAUCUCCCACAUCGACCUGGGGGUCACUGUCCGCAGGGCGUAUGACACAUUCCGGGAACAGAUCGUGACCGUCAUUAUCGAAUGGCUCCUCGACCUCACUCGCAGCCGCCUGGGGUCGGAUACGCUAAUCUUACGGGAGGUGGUUGCUGCAGAACUUCUUGCGCCCAGGAAGAACUACUCUUUGAUUCCCACUCAUGAAGCUCGAAGUCCCUCGCCGAGGCUCUGGAAGAAGCCACGCCUCAAUCUCAAGGAGGUAUAUGCUUCUCUACUCAGUCUGAGCCACGAGCACAAGCUAGCAGUCGCGUCCCACUUUGCUAGCGUGUAUCAUCGUAUCAUCGAUGCUUAUUUACUCAUCGACCGAGAGGCGGAGACCUCCAUCAAGUACUUCGCAUUGCAGCUCUUCACCGUUCCAUCUGUCGCGUUGUAUAUCGUCCGACAGCAUAACAUGAUCUCACGCCUACUGUCCAUCAUAACCGCCUUCUUUACCAACCAGAUACAGGACAAACGCAUUAUCCAUCCCGCCGACCCCAACGCCGACAUCGAUGUCGACACCUUUCCUUUCAAGUCGAAGCGGUUCAUGCCUGUGUUCAGCGACCUACGCUAUCUGUGCCACAACGAGCCCGUACAGCAGCUCAUCGCCCAUAAUCGGGAGUUCAUCGCGCACUUCUCGAAGACCUGCCAGAUCUUCAUGUGCGUGAACCCGAACAAACGGGCGUCGGCUAACCACGUCGAGUACGAGGCGGAUGCGUGGAUCAGUGUGUUCAACGUCACUCUUUCGUUGUCCAGGGUGAUCAAAGUCUACGGAGGAGCCUUCUCUCGGGCGACCGUAUCGGAAUUGGUCGCUGCGAUCACGACGGUCAUGCACCACACUCUUGUGACCACGGCGGUAGCGGACGAACAUCGCGACAUCACCAGAUUCCCGCCGGUACUCUUCCACGAUGUGGCGUUCGCGGAUACGACGUACAGAGUCAUCGACUUCGACGUCAUGGAUGGCUGGGUAAGCUUCCACCACUCUCUACAGUGGUUGCUCGCCGAGCUCUUCAAGCAUGUCGACAUCCUGAGCGAUGACUCGCUGCGAGAAAUUGGGCUGAAUAAUCUGCGGGAGGCGUGCCUCCGUAACGUGAGCGAGCAGGCGAUACUCACAAUAAUCGACUACCCUCUGCGAGUUUUGGCCAUGAUCGCGCAGAUCCGUACGGGUCUCUGGGUUCGCAACGGCUUCGCCAUCCGAGGGCAGCUCUUGCAUUACCGCGACUUCAUGCUGCGAGAACUGUGUUAUGAUCAGGAUCUCUUUAUCCUGCAAGCAGCGUUGGUGAUAUUAGGCCCAGAGUUGGUCUUCGUCAGCAUGCUCGACCGCUUCCAACUUAUGGGCUAUUUUCGGGCGCCACCCUUCAUCCCCGCGACAAAGAUGUCCAUGCAGGAUGCGAUCCGGCGCGAGAUCGUCCACGCGCUCGCGCGCAUGGUGGACGACCCUCCGGAUUCGACCACGGACAUCGGAACAUACGAGCUGAAGGACGAAGCGUUUGAUGAGGUCAACCCGUUCUUCUUCCAUUACACCCGGAACAAGCGCGAGGACGUGGAGACCGCCUUGCGCAACCGGCUCAAGAGGAAGACGGGUGUCGAGGACCCGGUCCUCACUCCUAGACCUCUCGACUUCAAGACCGGUGCCUUUUCGAGAAUCCCGGCGAUCUUCGAGUCGGAAGUCCUGCUGCAGAUCAUCUUCUACGGCAUCUACAACAUCAUCAUGAUCACGGACGCGGAAGGGACGACUCCUCCGUCUUCUGAGGCCAUCCUGGACCAGCUCGUCCACUUGAUCAUGGUGGCGCUGACCGAGAGGCCCAAGGUCUUCAGCCAGGCAGCCGUACAAAAGACCUUUGAGGACGGGCAGACAUUACUCGAUGUGCUGUGCAACUUCGAGCACCACGACAAGUUCAAGCCGUAUCAUGCGCGUGUGGCAUGGGUUCUCGACCGCUUGGAGAAUUACGAGCGCGAAUCUGUGCGCCUGCAUAGGCGUCUGGUGGAGGACCAUCCGGACGAUACUGCGGAUCCGGUCAAUGCGAAAAAGAGGGCGGCGAAGGCGAGGCAAGAGGCUAUUAUGAGACAGAUGAAGGCGCAGCAAGCAAGCUUCGCCAUCAACUUUGAAGACCUCGGCGACGAUGAGGACGAUGAUAUGGGCGAGACGCCCGAUGUACCGGUCUCGUACGGGACAUGCAUCGUCUGCCAAGAGGAGUUGAAUACCGCAAAGGCAUUUGGUUCCCUCGCGUUCAUGCAGCCGAACGGCCAGCACACCUACACUAAUGAAGCUGUCCUUUGCCCAGAUGAUCUAGACCGUGUCGCCCCCAGCGACGCGAACCCUAUGAAGAACACAAAACACCGUGCCCACAAUUUCGACCCUUCCCUUCGCAAUAUACCCGCUUCGUGCUUUACCGUUUACAGCGCAUCUAUCAGACAGAGACACCGGGCGCAAGCGACCAGAAACCACCCGGAGAGCAUACCAAGGAAGGAGUACAUAUGCCCGCUGUGCAAGAGUCUGGGAAACGUCAUUCUACCCGUUGCUACCUCACCCAUUAGCACUGAGCUUAAUGGUCUGCCGUUCACGGAAUGGACCAGAGCAGCCGGAAUCAGCAUCCUGAAGUCAAAGGCGGACCCAGUGCUAGAGCAGUUACAGUUCCGAAAUGGCUCUGGGGAGUUCGUCUUCUGGGCUGCUCAAGACCCUGCGUAUCAGUCCUUCCAACGGGCUCCAGAGCAGAGGGAUCCCAUUGAAGUGCACAAGAUGGUCGAUACAAUCAUGGUCGUGGCAAGAAAUAUCUCUCAGCAGACCCGACAUCUACGCGACCGUCCAGAGCCAGAGCCCGGAGACCGAGAGGACUUGGUCGGUUAUACCAUUUCCUCGAUGGAGGUUGCCCAACGAGGUUUGGGUACUCCAGGCCGCAUGGUGCCAGACGCUAUUUCGGAGCCUCAGCUGCGCAUGAUACGAGGUCUAGUUACGUGUCUCACCAAGCUGGUUGCAUUCAGUUUCAGGAAUAGACCCGACGAGGGCCGCGAUUCCAUGCGCCACGCCAUCAUGAAGCGGCUACUACCAGAAUGGAGUCGCGGUUCAUUGACGUCGUUCACAUAUCCCUUGCUCCUCCGUGAUCCCUUCACCAUCCUGAUUGAGACUGCUGCCGUGGCGCCAGACAUGCUCCGACAAGUCCUCAUCCUCGCGUACUACGCUUGCCUCGCCCGGACCGUCAUCGGCUUGGUCUACAUACUGAACAAAACUCGCAGCUACCACGUCACAGCGAUCCCCCGACGCCGCCAUUCAGACCUCUUCGGCGACGUUCGCAUGUUCUUCAUGUCGGUGGUUAGGCACUCACCCGUAUUCGAGCAAGCCGGGGACCUGGUCUGCCAGGCUUUUGGCGAAGCCCGCAUAGAGAAGCUGCUCUACAUGUUCACGCUCCCCUUCCUGCGCAGAGCAGCCAUUCUGUGCCGCGCGAUGCUCCCGGCGGCGUUCCCCACGCCUGCCGUCUCGGAAGAUGUCUGCGAAUACAGACGGCUGUUGACGAUGUUGGACAUCCCCCCGUUGUCCGACCUACCCAAUCAAGAUACUCUGCAAACUGCGUUGUCCGUGUGGUGUCAGCAUUACGGAACCUCACACGCCGCAUCGCAGCUCAACUGCGGAGUCGUUCUAGACUAUCCGGUGGUGUACCGCCUGACAAAACUUCCAAUGGUACUCGAUCACUUGUAUUUCGACCAGGACAAGAUCAUGACGUGCCAACGCUGCAAAACAGUCCCGUUGGACGCGGCGAUAUGUCUCAUAUGCGGUGCAACCUGCUGUCUGCAGAAACGGAACUCGGGGGAAUGUAACAUGCAUACGCGAGAAUGCGCAGGUCCUAUUGGGAUCUUCUUCCUGGUCAAGCGAAGCUCAUUGUUGUAUAUUUAUGCGAACAACGGGGCGUUCACACAGUCGCCAUAUCUAGACAUCCACGGCGAGGUAGAUGUAUCCAUGAGGCGAGGCCGGAGGCAGUACUUGCACCACGCAAGAUGGGAAGAAGUGAGGAAGGUGUGGUUGAAUCAAGGGGUACCCACCCUGAUUGCUAGACGUCUGGAAAGCACCGUAGAUUGCGGAGGCUGGGAAACACUGUGA